ACCUUCAGACCCGAUUGAAUAUAUGGGGUUGUGGCUGUAUCGCUACGCCGACAUACGGAACUACUUCAAGAAGAAGAAAUCUUUUUACGAAGAACUGCUCACAACAAAAAUGGACAUGGAAAACAAAAAGAUGAAACUCUUACAGAAACACAACGAGGCAAUUUUAGAUAUAACAGAGCCCUUAGUGAGGCCGCAUGACGACUUUUUAGAAACAGCUGCCACAUCCAAGGAGCCAUCCACAAUAUUCACUUUCGGUUCCAAGACACAUUCCGCAGCAUCAGCUAGCAUUUUUAAGAUAUUGUCGACAGAACCGGAAACAAAAACUGAUAUCACAUCGGACACCAGAAGCGAAGAUGACAAGAGAAGAAAAGAAAGUUCGUCAGAACAAAGUACAAUUGAAAAACAGAGUCUUCUCAGUCAGUCUCAGACGCCAGGGUCGACAUCUAACGACAACAAGGUGAAAUCUGGAAGUGACGUUUCAGACAACAGUUCUUUAAGCCGUGGGCAAGCAUCAAUUAGCCCUACCGAUUCUGUGACGAAAAGACUACGUGACUUCAUUGCAACCGAUGACAAGCCACGGCCAUCGAAAACCCAUAGGAAGUCAAUCGGUCAUCGUCAGAGUAUCUCAGCCAGUGUUAACCAGCCUCGGAAAAAAUCGAAACGAAAGUCAGAAAUUGAAGAUGAACUAGGUUACGAUAAAAAAUCUGGCGAGAGUGAGCAGCUGAUCAACUUCAAUUAUUUUGAUACCGAAGACAGAAGACGCUCGUCUCUGGAAGUAAUGCCGGCAAAGUGGUCGGUGUCUGGAAACCAGGUUAUCUGCCAACAUCCUUUGCUAGGCCAGAUGAGCAUCCAAGGAAGAAGGUAUUCAGUUUCUUAUGAACAAACUAUAGAACUGGUGGAUGACUUUGUAGCAUACAACAUGUACGACCCAGAACUCUAUAUCCACGAUCCUACUCCAGAGGAGAUUGCUGCUGCUUCACUGUUCAGUGAUCAGUCAUCAGACAAAGAAUCGGAACGCAGAUCCCCUACAGUUCUGAGCGAUUUUAUUCUUAAUGACUGA